AUCAAGAUCAGAUUGUUUCAGGUUCCAAAUUUUGACCCCAUGACUCCGCGCGCACGUCAGAGUGCAACGUGGCGCCAAAAUAACCCGCACAGCAAUAAAAGUUGACAACGCGCUUCACGAUGGGAACUUCGAACGCUCGGGGCCGUCACCCUUGUGACGUUUUCCUGGAUCACAUCACCGCCGGGCUAAUCUGUAUAAAUACAGAGCGACGAGGCUCGGUCGACCUCGUCGGUCACCUGCAAGCGCUCCGCUAUCUGGUCUGGUCACACCAUGAGGGUCUUUGUGCUAGUUGUCACCCUCGCAGUCAUCUCAGGCUGCCAGGGCAAAAGUUUCUUCCAAGAUGACCCGGAGAUGACUUGGGAGGAAUACUUUCAAAACUAUUUCACAGCUCUGAAUACGAAGGCUGACGAGAUAGUGAAGGAAAUCAGGAGCUCUCAGAUCAGCAGAGAACUGGAAACCCUGAUCCAAGACAGCAUGGCCGAGCUGAGCGCAUACAGAGAGGACCUGGGGGACAAGCUGGCUCCGUCCGUUCGAGAAGCCGCCGAACGUCUGAAUAAAGACCUGCGAGAGAUGCUCAAGCAUUUCCGUGAGCGCGCGGGGGAGGCCAGGGAGCAGAUGGAGCAGUACCGCCAGGAGCUGCAGACGGUGGUGGAGCAGAACUCGGAUGACGUCAGACGUACGGUCGCCACCUACACCCGCAAGAUGAACAAGCGCCUCAACAAGGAUGCCGCCGAGUACAAAAGGCAAGUUGCCUCCUAUUUGGAGAAACUCCGCUCCCGCACUUCAAACAACAUCGAGGACUUGAUGCGGAACCUGGGUACUUAUUUUGGCAAGGUGCGAGACAACACCCAGGCGAAGAUCACCACCCUGAAUGAUCUGCUGAAGUCCCAGGCGGAGAGCUUGAAGGACACGAUGCAGACCACAGUGGAGGAUAUCACCACACGCUACCAAAAGACCUCGCAGGACCUGUACGACACCCUGCAGGAGAAGAUGGAGGGUCUUAGCAGCUGGUUUCAGCCGGUUGUCUCCAUGUUCAGCGACAAUAUGUGAACCACUAUUCUAAACGAGCUGUCUGUCUACCACGCUACAGAUGUAAAAUGACGAUGAUGUGGUUUAUGAAUAAAGAAACUCACGCAUGCAAAAGGA